CUCGGCUGUUUUCUGAUUGGUCCACUAAACAUCACUUCCGGAAGCAGAGCCCCGCAUGUUAAAGUCGAGAUCUUUCGGAGCCGGCUGGUGUAUCACGGCAUCCUAACAAUAUUCAGGUCCACUAUGUUUAACGAAGGCCUCAUUUCAGUGGAUUAUGAAAUUUUUGGCAGAGUGCAAGGUGUAUUUUUUCGGAAAUACACUCAAGCAGAAGGGAAGAAGCUUGGUCUGGUAGGAUGGGUCCAAAACACAAGCGCAGGAACUGUUCAGGGCCAGCUACAAGGCCCAUGCAGCAAGGUGAAGGAAAUGAAAGAAUGGCUGAAAUCCACGGGGAGCCCCAAGUCACACAUAACCAAGGCAGAGUUCAACAACGAGAAGACAGUCGAUCGACUAGAACAUUCAUCUUUUAACAUAGUAGAAUAAGAAAACCUACAGAUUCAGACUGUAACAAUAACUUUGACAGAUGUUUUAUUUAGUCUUUUUUGUAUUAGUUAUAAUGUGGUUCAUGUAAUCUAUUAAAAAAAUGUGUCCAUGUUAUGUCUCCUUAACUUAUAAAAUAUACGGAAUUACAUUGAAUAAAUGGAAAAUUCCUUCAAACUCCU